AGCCUGGACGAGUACGUCGACAUCCUGCAAGUGCAGCAGCUACUGCUCGAGAACUCUACGUCGGUGUCGACGUCCAACGGGGGCACGACAGUGGCGAGCACAACUACGGCAUCUCCCACAUCCACCACCAACACCACCACUACCACCACCAGCACACCCACUAGCACUAGCACGUCCUCCUCCGCAUCCUUUUCCCAGCAAAUCGUUCCGUCCCCGUCCACCAGCACGUCCUCACUGUUUAAUGCUAAAUCACGCCCGAAGGUGAAUCUCCAGAAGGCAGCCGAGUUUUCGUCGGCAGCAAACCAACUGCAGGGCGAAUCACCCUCCAAGCGACUUCUCUUUGAUUACCCGAGCCCAUAUUUGUAUGGUAAUUAUCAUCCGUCGCCGAGCGACGAUCUGGUCGCUCUAUGGUUUGGAAGUAACGGAACAGGUGGCGUUGCCCCUGGACCACCAGCAGCUGCCAUGAUCAUGGAAGGGCUAGAAACGUUGGUUGCGCCAUCGCAUCACACAUUCCUGCUGACCGAGUCGGCGGCCGCGGCACACUUCAACGUGCUGAGCUUCGAUACGUGCGGCCUGUUCAAGACGGGCACCACCACCACCUCGCUCGGGCUGAACAACAACAGCACGGCGACACCGAACAACAACCACCACCACCACCUGUACCACCCGUACCACCACCAGACGGCCGUCAGCACCGCGUCCGCGCUGUCCCACCAUCAGCCCCACCACCUACACCACCACCAUCACCAUCCCCAGCAUCAGCAGCAUCAUUCGAGCACUCAGCAGCAGCAGCAACACAACUCCCCGAACAGUGCGAUCGUGUCGUCUUCGGCGUCGGCGUCGGCGGCGUCCUCCGGGGCGGCCAGUGUGGCCAACUCCACCGCCAUCACCACGCACACGACGGCCACGACCAGCGUCACGGCGUCGCACCACUCCGCGCACCAUCAGCAUCAUCCGCACCAUCCCCAUCUGAGUCUGCUCAGCACCGGCGGCAGCAACAGUAGCGCCGUGUCCGGUGGCCAUCACUCCAGCGACUCCGGCACCGGCGACGACCACUCGCAAUCGCAGACGGACGCGCAAGCCGGCGAUCUCAACACACCCGUCACCACCUCCGGGGACAUACCGUCGUUCUUCGGACCGUCGACGGUCGUCGAACCACCACCGAUUACCGGAUCGAUCGAAUCGGACGAUCUCUCGCUGGAACCGCAAACCGUGUCCAGCCCUUGCGUUAGCCUGUGCAGCCCAACCAAGCAGGAACGCAGCACACCGCAAUCGAUCGUCAACGAGGAAGAGGCUAGUAAUACCAGCAGCACCAACACGAUGUACCCAUCCUCCGGCUCACAGCAACAGCAGCGACAGCAGCAGCAGCAACAGCAGCAACAUCAACAGCAGCAGCAGCAACAGCAACAUCAGCAACAGCAACAGCAGCAGUCGCUCCACGGACAGAUCCGGAUCUCCUACCGAGGCAUCUUCACGACGAGCGGCAGUCCCGGGAUGGGGCUGCAGGCGAGCGGUGUGAUGCCCUCGGGUCAGAUGUCGCCCACGGCCGGGCUCGGUCCGGCUAGCUGGGGUCUCCCGAGUCCCGACAAAAGCCUCUUCCAGGCGCCCAUGUUCGGUCUGCUCGGUCCGCAAGCGACCAGCGCGGCGCAGGGCGGUGUCUCGGCCACGUCGCCGGGCCAGCAGCAGCAGCAGCAGCACCAACACCAGCACACGGGAGGGCACGGCCACUACGGUGGGGACGAGCGGGGCCACGGGAGCGAACUGCUCGGGCUGAACAUGGACUGCGCGAGCAUCAUCCUGAAGCAGCAGCCACCGAGCUACAACAGCUGCGUCGGCUCGCUCGACAUGCAGGGCCCUUCGGGUGGCCAGGAGAUGCACGGGUAUGGGCGGGGUGCGGGGGGUGCCCUGAGUGCGAUGGGUCAGAGCCAGAAGUACCAGUGGCUGGACUCGCCGGUCGACCCGUACGUCGGCAGCCCCCAGCAUGGCUCCGUCGUGCUGCCCGGCCCCUCGUCGACGCCCGUCUCGGUUGGGCCGAUCAUCCCCAAGCAGGAACCGUACUCCACCCCGAACCCGUGCACCUCCGACUCGAGCCAGCUCGGUGGACUCACGCAGGCGCAGUACGCCGUCCAGCUGGCCGAGUACAACCAGGCGACGAGCAAGGGGCACGAGAUCCUGUCGCAGGUCUACCAGCAGAGCACGAUGCCGCUGAAGCUGGUCCCGGUGAAGCCGCGCAAGUACCCGAACCGGCCGAGCAAGACGCCCGUCCACGAGCGGCCGUACGCGUGCCCGGUGGAGAACUGCGACCGGCGGUUCUCGCGCUCGGACGAGCUGACGCGCCACAUCCGGAUCCACACCGGCCAGAAGCCGUUCCAGUGUCGGAUCUGCAUGCGCUCGUUCAGCCGGUCCGACCACCUCACCACGCACAUCCGCACGCACACCGGCGAGAAGCCGUUCUCGUGCGACAUCUGCGGCCGGAAGUUCGCCCGCUCGGACGAGAAGAAGCGCCACGCCAAGGUGCACCUCAAGCAGCGUAUCAAGAAGGAGAAGAACGCCAGCGGAAGUGGCAACAACAGUACCAGCACCUCGUCCUCCGCACACCACGCACAUCAUCAGCAGCAGCAGCAACAGCAGCAGCAGCAGCAGCAGCAUCAUCAUCAGCAACACCACCAGCAGCAGCAGCAGCAGCACGGUCACCAUGCGGGCCACCCGGGACUGCACGGCCACCACCUGCUGGGACACGACGACCUCACCGGCAUCCCGAUCGUGUCGUCCUCCUCGAACCCGGCGGCUAGCAGCUUGUAG